AUGCAGGAGAAAAUCAUUUAGGAAAGUUAUUCUUAUUUGAAUGACUUGAAUAGUAAAGUGAACAACAGUAAUAAAUUGGUCGGUAUCUACAAGGGGUUCAUACGAAACAUCCAUUAAUCAUUUUGUACUCUCUCAAUGUAAUUAACUGAAUACUCAGAAUAAUUUUAUUUGGAGUUGGCAUAAACAUAGGAAGAAAAUGAGUUGAAUCUCUUCUAUUAUAAUCAAUUGUCCAACGCCAUCAUAAAUUUUGCACACAAUCUAGAUGAAUUGACAAGUGAAAUGAAAUAAGGCAUUUUGGAACCUUACGAAGAAUUCACGCAAAAUUACAACUAAAUCAACAACGAAUUAGUCACCAAGGGUCAGGAAUUCCUGAAGCAAGUUGAAAAGCAAAGAGAGGGUCUGUUUCUCAAACAACAUGACUAUUUAAAAACAGCAUACGAUUUAGAAAAGAAGAAAAAAUCGAAAACCUUGAAGUUGAAAGCAGACGAGUUAUUUGUCGAUUAUCGAUAGGAAUUGGCCAAUGUAAAUUAAUUAUGGGACGUUUUCAACGACAAAUUUAAAAAAUCAUUUGAUGAAUACGAUUCUAAUGAAUUGGGUAGAACCUCUAUCACAGAAGCAACUUCAGAAAAGAUAUUACAACACAUUUCCAAGAUCACAAAUACCUUGAAUGCGAGAUUGUUGCAAUAGUUGCAGUAAUCCAAUGACAAAUUACAUUUGAUUCAAAAUAAGUACCAAAUUGAAAAGUUACCCAUCUUGAAAACUAUUAUGAAGAAUAGGAAGUUUAACAUCUUCAAAGUGACAAAGCAAGACAAUUUCAUUACUUAUGAUGAUUGGAAAGCCAAUAUGGAUUCUCAUGAUAAGUUUGAUCCUGCCAAUCUACAGAAAUUCAAGUUGUCCUAGCAACUCGUCUAACAAAUCAACCAGUUGACUGAUGUUAUACAAUCUAUAUGCAAUAACACGUACUCAACUGCUCUUGGCCAAUAUGAUUAUGAAACCUUAUUUCAACAUGCUGACACUAGGAUUAAAUUGCUCGAUAAUAUCGUUGAUAUUAUUGAUAAAGCACCUACAGAUACAAUAACAAUUAAUCAAUAAGCUAAUGAUCUCUUAGUGUUGAUUGCCAGAAACUUAAUUAUCAACUUGUAAAAAGAUCAAGCUUUUAAUGUUAUGGAAUUCAAUGCUUUAUUAAACUUCAUUACUCAAUUUGGAAUGAGAGAAAAAAAUCAAUUCAUAACUGUAGGUUCAUAGGCAAGUGAAAAAACCUCAUUAUUUUAUGUCAAAAAUAAUUGGUAAUAAUUAUUGUUGUAUUUAAAUGAGAAGGAGAAUCUUGAAAAUAAUUCAAACAAACAAUAAAACAACAAGAAAAAAAAUAAACCUAAGAAAAAUGAAAUCUUGAAUUUCCUCUAUUAGAAGAAACGAAUCAUCAAGGAGUAAAUGACACAAGAAUAAAAACUCAAUUACCUAAAGGUCCUCUUAAACCUACAAAAAAUCUGCUCCAUGAUGCUCAAACUUGAUAUUAAAAUCGAUUAUGCAAGUGAAACUAUUAUACUGUUAGCCAAGAUGUGCAACAUUAAAGUGCAAGACAUCGUAUUAUUAUUGGAAUAAUUUGAAUCCAUUAAAAUUUACAUGGAAUAAAUUCAGCCAUAAUCACCCAAGACCUAAUAAAUGAUUUUGGAAAAGAAGAGACUGUUUUACAUCUUUAAGAAGUGUCUUAAAUAUUUGGCACUUUAGGAUCAAUUGAAUAUAACGUUGGUUAAUAAGGAAUUCUCCACUUUAAACACUAAGGUCAAACAGCAUUAUUUGUGUUUUAACAACCUUAGUGAAAGACUAUCUAUGAAAAGAAAGUUAUUAUGGACAAGUUUGUUAUAGCCAGAUUCAGUGCAACUUGACUAUUAUAAAUUAAAAGAGAAAUACUCAAAGUCAGCUGGAUCUAAGGAAGCCUCUUUGGAACAAUAAAUUGCUUAGGAUGUGCAGAGGUCAUUCAAUAGCGUGGGAUUACAAAGCAAAAUUAAUCAUCUCACUUUACACAAUUUACUCAAAUUAUAUGCUUAUUACAAUAACACUGUCUCAUAUACAUAAGGAAUGAAUUUUGUUAUGGGAUUCAUAUUCAUGAUCAUGGUCGAUGAAGAACUGACAUUCCGUUGUUUCUCUGCACUCAUCAACCAAUUGCUAAAGGAUGUCCUCCUAUAUGAUCUAAAAUACAUUAGAGUGUUCUUUUACAAAUUAGAUCGAUUGUUAGCCAUAUUCAUGCCCAAAAUCCAUUUGCAUCUCAAAGAAGAGAAAAUCGAAGCAGGCCAUUAUUCUGCUCCUUGGUUUAUUACUCUAUUUACUGGGUCUUUCAUGAAGAAUGAGUUUUCUACGGUGCUCUUUGAUAUUUGGGAUCUAUUAUUGAGCAGAGGAUGGUGUGGCUAUUAUCAAAUCUUAUUGGGAAUCUUUGAAACCUACGAGGAGAAAAUCCUAUCAAUGAAGUUUGAUAAUUUACUGCAAUUCUUAAACAAUCUAACCAAAGCUGAGUUUUUUACUUAGAAUACAGAUGAAAUAGCAUCUUUGAAGACUCUAAAAUAUAGAGCAUUGAAAUUCAAAGUGACAAAUAAAUUAAUUGCAGAAUUGGAUAAGGAGUACUAUUUGGUCAGACAAAAAAUCAAUAAUCUGAUGAACUCAUGA